GAUACAGACAACGAUUUACGCCGACAACAGCUAACCGGUUCGGUUUGAACUUAAGGAAGUUUUUAAGUUUUAGUUUACUACGAAUUACAGUAGUCGAAUAUUUAUUUAAUUCUCUCAAAUCGUCCGACCAUGACAACAUCCGUGGCGACUAAUCCUUCUACGUUACUUCCUCUUGAACUAGUCGACAAAUGUAUUGGUUCCAGAAUUCAUAUAGUCAUGAAGAAUGACAAAGAAAUCGUGGGAACUCUGUUGGGAUUUGAUGACUUUGUCAACAUGCUUCUAGAAGACGUAACAGAGUACGAGUCGACGCCCGAAGGAAGACGAGUCACCAAACUAGAUCAAAUAUUAUUGAACGGAAAUAAUAUAACGAUGUUGGUGCCCGGAGGUGAAAUGCCAGGAGAAUAAUUAUUAUUGUUAAGAAAUGUUUAAUCUCACACUGUAAUAUAUUUAAGGAAUAUAAAAGAAUAUACAAAAAUUAUUAAAACUUAAUUUUUAUUUGAACCAAUUUGGUACGAAAUAAAAGAAUAAAAAGUCUUUAUUAUAGAUUUUUAAUUUAUACUA